AUGUAUUAUUUCCUGGGCAAUCUGGCCUUUGUAGACCUCUGUUUCUCCACCAUCACCCCCAAGAUGUUGGUUGACUUGAUGUCAGAGAAGAAGAGCAUUGCUUAUGCUGGCUGCAAGACUCAGGUCUUCCUCUUUCAACUUUUUGGGAUGACUGAGUACUUCUUGCUGGCUGCAAUGGCCUAUGUGGCCAUUUGCCAUCCCCUGCUGUACCCCCUUGUUGUGUCCCCAAAGUGCUGUUUCCAGCUGGUGACUGGCUCAUGCCUCGUGGGGCUGACCAAUGGUGUGGGACAGACCAUCAGCAUGUCCACUCUGUCCUUCUGCAGCUCCAGCACCAUCGACCUCUUCUUCUGUGACAUUUCCCCCCUCAUCUCGCUCUCCACCUCUGACACCACCCUCAGCCACAUCAUCCUGACCACUGCAGCAUCUCUCUUUGGUCUGUUCAGCAUCCUGGUUAUCCUGCUCUCCUACGUGGCCAUCAUCGCCACCAUCCUGAGCAUCAAUUCAGCUGAGGGCAAGCGCAAAGCCUUCUCCACCUGCACGUCCCACCUCACCACUGUCAGUAUCUCCUAUGGGGCAUCCUUUUUCACAUACUUAAAUCCCAGCUCAAGAGCAGCAGAUAAAUGGGCUGUGGUAUUCUACGCCAUGAGUGCUGACUAG